CAGGAACCUGAGCAAGCUACAUUUGAUUCUUGCUACAGGAGAAACCUGUAUUGACUCGUGUACGCAGAUGGGAGACCAAAGGAAACAACGGUUACCAUUUUACACCUUUCUCUUCAUUACAUUCGGGCAUCUUAUCACAUCACUGUCUCCUCCACCAACAGUAGUUCCUCUCUUCCAUAGGCCUUUUGUGCUGUUAUGGAAUGCUCCUAUUUCUAAAUGCCAACAACUGAAGGUCCCUCUAGAUUUAUCGCUGUUCCAGGCGGUCACCACACCUGCCAGGGAACGCAAUCAAUCCCUUACCCUGUUCUACAAAAAUCGAAUUGGCCUUUACCCCUAUGUAGACCUCCACUCCUUGAAAGAGUAUAAUGGUGGCAUCCCGCAGAGGGGCUACCUGUCUGCUAGUUUGGAUAAAGCUAAGGAAGAGUUUACCCAGUACAUUCUGGACUCAACCACUGGUCUCGCUGUCAUGGAUUGGGAAGAGUGGCUUCCAAUGUUUGACCGGAAUUUGGACGACAAGGAGAUCUACAAAGAACUGUCUGUCAACUAUACCCUCCAGCAGAAUUCUUCCCUUGACCUGCAACAGGCAUUCAGCGAUGCCAGCUUACAAUUCCAGCAUGAAGCCAGACGUUUCAUGGAAGAAACUCUGAAAAUGGGAAUCGAUCUUCGACCUCUGCAUCUGUGGGGCUACUACUUGUUCCCAGACUGCUAUAACUAUGACUUUGAGGAGUCAAACUAUACAGGUACUUGCUCAGAGCACACAAAACAGUUGAACAACGAGCUGCUCUGGCUGUGGGAGGUUAGCACUGCCCUUUACCCAUCAGCAUAUCUGCCAGUUUCUGUGAGUGGAAGCAGGAGCGCUGCACUGUUUGUUCGUCACCAGGUGCAAGAGGCAACAAGAGUGGCAGCCCUGCCAAAUCGGCGCCACACUGCACCAGUCUACGUCUACCUACGGCCUCUCUUAAGAGACCAAAAGGAACUUUACAUGAAUGAGAUUGAUUUGGUAAGCAGUAUCGGUGAGAGUGCAGCCCUGGGAGCUUCCGGGGCUGUGCUAUGGGGGGCUAGUGCUGAUUACAAAGACAAGACCUCAUGUGAAGCCUUGUCUGCAUACCUAUCUGAUACUUUAAACCCCUACAUUGCCAAUGUCACCUCUGCGGCCCAGCUCUGUAGCAAAAGUCUCUGUCAAGGCAAUGGAUGCUGUGUCCGCAAAAACUACAACUCAGACGAUUACCUUCACAUUAGUUCAGAAAGCCACCAAAUCAUUAGGAAAGAUGGGAAAUAUGUGGUCACGGGGACCCCCUCUCCAAGUGAUCUCACUUACUGGAAAAACAAAUUCACUUGUCAGUGCUAUGAAGACAGGAAGUGCACAGCUACAAUACCCGCUUUCUAACAGAAAAUAUUAUAACAAGUAGACAAAUUUAUUGUAUUUAGAGAGGGUAAUUAAUUUACAUUACUUCACUAAAAAGUGAGUUAAUUUUUACACUAAUGGUAUAUACAGAGCAUCUUAAAUUGUAUACAGUCUAACAAAAUGUAUAAUUAUGUCACAAACUGUCAAACACAACACAUCCUUAUUUGAAUUAACUUCCGUUGUAUUAAAAAUUAGGCAUUUUGAUACCGAAUCAAACACAUGCAUGUUGGAGUCAUUAUGAUGCAAAGGUAAAAAAAAAAAAAAAGGAAAAUAUUUAAGAAUCAG